GAUAAAGAGCUCAUCCAGUGGCCGGCGGAUGAGAAGGGUCAGAAGCGCAUCCCAACGGCUUUGGGGGCGAAGCUGAAUCGUGCCCUUCUGCUUCCGAUUGUGGGCCGUGCCUUGCAGCAUCAUGCUUUGCUCUAUGUGAACAUCUUGGAGAUGCUGCUGAAAAAGUUUCGUGUUGAGACGAAG